AUGGUAGCCUUUGUUUCUUGGUUAGAAAGUGGGGGAAAACAGGUUAAGCACCAAGUGGCACCUAGUUCUGAAUGGUCUGCUCCUCAACCAGCCUUCUUCAAAGCCAACUGGGAUGCAGCCAUUGAUAAAGAUAAUUCUAAAGUUGGAAUUGGUGUGAUUGUAAGAGAUUCGGAGGGCUUGGUUAUGGCCUCUCUAUGUUCUUCUAUUACACUAAAUCCUAAUCCAUUGCUUGGGGAAGCGGUAGAAGCCUUAAGAGCAACUACCUUGUGUGCUGAACUGGGUUUAACUCAAAUUGUACUAGAUGGAGAUGCUCUCAAUGUGGUUCAAGCUGUUCAAAGUGAAGAAAAAAAUUGGAGCACAUUUGGAAUCGUAAUUAGAGAUGUCAAGUCCUUAUUGUCAAAGGUUCGGGAGGGGUCAAUUCAACAUACUCCUAGGGAGUUCAAUGUAUUUGCCCAUACUCUAGCAAACUAUGCUCUGACUUGUUCAGAGGAUUGUAUCCUUUUAGAGGAUUACCCUCCAUGUAUCCAACAUUUACUCUAA